AUGGAUGUCAUCCUGGAAAUUACUAUGCUGCUGCUGACCACAGCUGGCACUGGAGAGAUCCCAUUCCGCUGGUCGGUGCUUCAGGACUGGGUGGUUGUUUGCUCUGGAGCUGGUUUUGCACAUCAACCACCAGUUCUGGAACUGGGGAGGUGUCAGCCUGCCCCCGGGGCCGGGGCCCCCCGUUCCCUACCCUUCCUUCGCGGGAGGCGCCGCGGGACGGCCGGCGCCGGGGGGACACCUCAUCCCCGCCCCGCGCCGGGGAAGGGUGUUGCCGGGGCGGGCGAAGGGCGGGACGGGGGCCGGCUUACCGAGAGGGAAAAGCAGCGGCCGUCGGCGCAGACGGAGCCCACGCCCCGCGCUGCCGCCGCCGGCCGGGGGCCGCUCGUCCGCCGCUCGCCAUGGGGCUGCAGCCCCGGCGCGCCGCGGGGCCCUGCCCGCCCGCGGGGAGAUGCGCCGCCCUGCCCGGAGCGCGCCCCGCCGCCCCCUGGGCCCGCGGCGAGGAGCCGGAGGGAGCGCCCGGCCGCACCGCCUCCCUGCCGCCCCUCCUGCCGGCCCCCCGCCGCCCGGGCGCAGCCCAGGAAAGCGGCGGCGGCCCCCAAGAAGGCAGCGGCUCGGCCCGCGGAGGAGAAGGCGGCGCGGAAGGCGCGGGGGGCGCCCCCGGAGCGGGCGGGGCCCCUCUCCAGCUCCUGGCCCUGCUCCUCGCUGCAGCGCCGGCCGCCGGCCGAGCGGGGGUCGCGGCCGCCGCCCGCCCCGCCGCAGCCGCGGGGCCGCCCGGGGGCGCCGGGGGCCGCCAGCCGCUCCUGCGAGAGCCUCGGCGGGGCGGCGGGGGAGCCGGCGCUGCGCUUCUCGCUGAGCCUGCCCCCGGAGGCCAUCCGGGUGCUGCAGCGCCGCAACCUGGAGCGGCAGCGGGGGCAGCCCGCCCCCUCCCCCGGCGGCAGAGCGGCCCCGGCCCCGGCGCGGCGCGGCGCCCGGGCGGGCGGCGGCGACCUGCGCGCUCUGCUGAAGAUUUCGCUGCUCAACGACCGGCACCGCUACGACGACGAGGAGUACGAGGAGGAGGAGGCGGCGGCGGCGGGGGCCGCGGUGGACGAGGGGCUGGUACGGAAAUGCACCGAGUGGCUGCGCGGCGUGGAGAGCGCGGCCGGGCGCGACCGCCCCGACAGGCUGGAGACGCUGCCGCACCUGGGCACCCUCUGAGCCCCACCGGGGCGGGGGGCGGGGGGGCCGGGGGAGCGGCCCGGCGGGGCCGCCUGGGCCUUUGUGACGCCGGCCGCGCCGGGGGAGACCCGGCGGGUGAAGGCGGAGCCGGUCCCCGGAGCCGAUCCCCGGAGCGGCGGCGCCGCUGUGCGGCGAGGGACAAAGGAGCGGCGCCUGCCCCCGCCCGCCGGUGCCGGGGUGCUGGGAGGGAGCGGGGCCGGCUGUGGGCGUCCUGCUUCGCCGCCCGUCUUUUGUUUUUUUUAAGGCUUCCGAGUACUUUAUAAGGUGUGCGUGAUGCUUUUGUAUAUUUGUACAUAAAAGUUCGUUUUUAUUUAUUUGAAUAAAUGACUCAACUUUUGUGUGGCA